UGUGUGUGUGUGUGUGUGUGUGUGUGAGGAGCUGAUGAUGCUACUUCUCCUGGUGGUGGACGGGGCUUGUCUUUUAGCGGGCUGGGUGUGUUGACACGCAUUUUUGCUCCAUCUCCAUGAUUAAACCGGCAGCCUGGAGGGGAGUUGCCGCGGAGAGUGAAGCAGCAGCAGCAGCAGAAGCAGGAGAAGAAGAAGAAGAAGCAGUCAGGGGGAAUGAAAGAGGACCGAGCCGCGGCAUCUUCACCAUGCAGACGACUACCACCACCAGCCGUCUAUUUUAUUCGAUUAUAUGAGCCCACGAGCGCCCGUUUGUCUGUAUCUCGGAGGCAGGCAGUGUGCCGACCCGGCGAUUACAACAUAGGCCAACGCCUCGCUGCAGCUUCAUACAGGGAAUGAAAACGCACUCAAGAUGGUCCGCAUCGCCAAGGCCCUGGGUUUGGUUAUUCUGUGCGUCGCCGUGCUCAUACUGUCGCUCAUCAGCUAUGUGUCCCUUAGAAGAGACAGCCUCUUCGGCUCCUCCAAAUACUACAUGGGAGGUCCGCGGAUCAUGUUCCACGCAGGAUUUCGGUCUCAGUUUGCCAUGAAUUUCCUGGACCCCUCCUUCAUCCCGUUAACUAACGCCCUGAAUGAGGAGCUCCAAGGAAAACCGUCCAAAUGGAAGUUCAACAAGACAGCUUUUUAUCUGCAGAAGAAAGAUAUCUUCAGCUACAUCGACAUUCCCACCAACUUCUCCCUCACAAAGAACAGCGUGCGUGUUGGCCAGCUGAUGCACUUUGACUACUCCAGCCACAAGUACGUCUUCUCCAUCAGCAACAACCUGAAGUCCCUGCUCCCAGACUCCUCUCCCAUCCACAACAAGCACUACAGCAUGUGCGCCGUGGUGGGCAACAGCGGCAUCCUGACAGGAAGCCACUGCGGUCCUGAGAUCGACCAGGCCGACUUUGUCUUCCGCUGCAACUUCGCCCCCACGGAGAUCUACUCCAAGGACGUGGGCAAGAAGACCAACCUCACCACCUUCAACCCCAGCAUCCUGGAGAGGUACUACAAUAACCUGCUGACCAUUCAAGACAGGAAUAAUUUCUUCCUCAACCUGAAGAAGCUGGAGGGAGCCAUCCUGUGGAUCCCUGCCUUCUUCCUCCAUACCUCAGCCACAGUAACCAGGACCCUGGUGGACUUCUUUGUGGAGCACAAGGGACAGCUGAAAGUCGAACUGGCCUGGCCGGGAAACAUCAUGCACGAUGUCAACAAAUUCUGGAAGACUAAAAACCUCUCCCCGAAACGUCUCAGCACCGGGAUCCUGAUGUACACGCUGGCGUCCGCCAUGUGCGACGAGAUCCAUCUCUACGGCUUCUGGCCCUUCGGCUGGGACCCCAACACGGGCAAUGAUCUGCCUUACCACUACUACGACAAGAAAGGGACCAAAUUCACCACCAAGUGGCAGGAGACCCACCAGCUGCCCAGCGAGUUCAAGCUGCUCUACAAGCUGCACAGGGAAGGCGUGAUCAAACUCAGCCUGACGCACUGCUCCUAGACAUGCAGUGGUUUUUAAGAGAUGACUCCAGAGACCCAGAUCCAUCCGCUCUGCUCAAAACUUCUGUUGUGAUCCACGAUGCAUGAUAAGUGUUACGGCAAUUUACGACACCCUCUUUCGACAAACACACACUCACAUCGCGCUGUAAUUUCACAUGAAGAUGUCACAGACUUGUCACAGCGUUGUCAUUCAUUUAUUCGGUAUAUGGUUGUCUUCAGCACUACACAGUUAGCACUUUUUACGCUGCUCUGUUGCUUCCAUUACGCUCCUUUGCAUGGCUGCUGGCCGUGGCUAAACAGCACGAACAGAACUAUUGUAACUGGAGUUUGCGAGGGGGAUUCAACGCAAAGUCAAAUCUUCCAGUUCUGUUUAACACAGUGUUGAUUGAUUAAUAGCCUUUUACAACAGUAUACUGAUUCUGUACACUGAAAUCACUGCCUAAUCUCAGGGAAGGAGUUAGAUCAGUGUUUUUUUGUAAUCAGAUUCAAGGCCUCAAGAGAGGUGAAUUUCCUGUUU